UAUUGAGAAGGUCCAUGAAAGAGUAUAUAUUGGUUACACUACGCGACGGCCCGACCAUGAUAUUUUAGUCUCUGCCUCCUCUGUGUCGCCUCCCAUAAAUUCUCCGUUGAAUUUUCCAAUUCUCUCUGUCUCUCUGUCUCUCUGGUUCUUUGUUUUGUUUGUUAGUUUGACGAUCAUGGAGCUUGAGCACCAAGUUUCUUCCUCCCAAUGAUUCUCUUUUAGAUCCCUUUUUCAAGCCCCAUUGCUCUCUCUCUCUCUCUCUCUCUCUCUCUCUCUCUCUCUCUUUCGAUUUCAUCUUCUUUCCCAUUUUCCGCCAGAAACAGAGGUGUGACAAUUAUGGUUUACUCCUACAAAAUGCAAGAAAUUGCAUCCACAAUGGGCUUCACGCUCUCCGAUUUCGCCGAUACUUUGGAACAAGAACGCUCCAAAGUCCUCAUGUUUCAGCGCGAGCUCCCUCUCUGUUUGCAGAUCGUUUCCCAUGCCAUUGAUUGCUGCAGGCAGCACCUAUCGGAGUCGACGACGGAGAAUCGUCAAUCCGAGUGCUCCGACCAGACUUCCAGCGACAUGGGUCUUGUUCUUGAGGAGUUCAUUCCAAUUAAUGGGGUUUUUGAUUCUGAACGACCACGACACCUCCAUGAAGCUCAAACAGAGAACAACAAGAUGAACGAUUCUGAUUUAAACAAUUUGAAUUUGCCUCCCUCCGAUUGGCUCAGAUCUGCUCAGCUUUGGAAUCAGACCUCAGAUCCUCCUCCUCUGAGUCAGGACACGCCGGAGAACACGACGGUUGUUGAGGUAAACAGAAAUGGAGGUGCUUUCCAGCCAUUUCAGAAGGAGAAAACCGGUAGUGGCGGAGGGAUGAUGUCGUCGUCUUCAGAUCCGGUUCCGGCUGCGGAGACGGGGUUAGGUGGAAGCAGCCGACGGGAAGAGAAGGAAGCACAGAAUCAGAGGAAACAGAGACGUUGCUGGUCUCCGGAGCUGCACCGGCGGUUCCUUCAUGCGCUUCAGCAGCUCGGAGGCUCCCAUGUGGCGACGCCGAAGCAAAUAAGGGAAUUGAUGAAGGUGGAUGGUCUUACCAACGGCGAAGUCAAAAGUCAUCUACAGAAGUAUCGUCUACACACCAAAUGCCCCACUCCGACAAUCCACAACAACGAGACCGUCCAACCGCCCCAGUUCCUGGUGGUCGGCGGCAUAUGGGUACCGGCGUCCGACUACGCCACCACUUCCUCCAGAGAAGCAAUCAGCGCCGCUACCACCAACGGAAUAUAUGCACCGAUGGUUGCAGCGGCGGCGCCGCAGCCAUUACCCAGUACAGUUCAAAAGCCCAAGCCCAGGCCCAUGAUUCCUUCCUCCUCCGCCGCCGCAGCCAUUACCCAGUACAGUUCAAAAGCCCAAGCCCAGGCCCAUGAUUCCUUCCUCCUCCGCCGCCGCAGCCAUUACCCAGUACAGUUCAAAAGCCCAAGCCCAGGCCCAUGAUUCCUUCCUCCUCCGCCGCCGCAGCCAUUACCCAGUACAGUUCAAAAGCCCAAGCCCAGGCCCAUGAUUCCUUCCUCCUCCGCCGCCGCAGCCAUUACCCAGUACAGUUCAAAAGCCCAAGCCCAGGCCCAUGAUUCCUUCCUCCUCCGCCGCCGCCGCCACCGCCGCCACCGAAUGUAAUUCUUCUACUACAUCUUCCUCUACUCGUACCUCAGUUUCACCUGCUUCUUGAGCUUCGAAGGGUUGAAAUUUUGUUUUUUUUUUUUUUUUUUUUUUUUACUUUUUUUCUACACUUUUUGAUGUGUAAAAGUUUUGUUACACCAUUUUUUAGAGGCAACUCAAAUAAUUUUUAUUGGUAAAAAA